AUGGCUACCGUACACCGAGGCCACCCCCAUGAUGAACCCCAUGAUGACGACUCUCUCCUUGGUGAUGAUUUGAUCGAAGCCGAUGAUGCCGUCGACGCUGACGACCCCCUACGCGACACCGACACGGCCCCUCUGCGAGGCAACAUCGAAUCCAGCUCGGGCAACCGCGGCAAUGCCUCUGGCUACGGCAACUACUUGACAUCCUCUAUGGGUGGUGAGGAUCGCCGUGCGACGCAAAAUACCAUCGACGAGAGUGUUUGGGAGACAUUGUCACGCGACUUGAUUGCCGUGUGGGAGAAGAUGCGCCAGGUGCUUUGGCCGAAAUACUUGCUUGGAGGAAUGCUGCAGCGCGGAGGCAGCGGUACCGCUGAUUCUGAGCAAGGUGGAGUGUCUGGAUUUGGUGGAAACAUUCGAGGACUCGUUGGACGCUGGCCGGAUGCCGACGUUGUCCUGCAGGGUGGCAUGAGCGAUGGGUUGCGGGACUGGGAUCUCUGGGGACCGCUUGUCUUUUGCCUUGUCCUGAGUUUGUUCUUGUCUGUCGCAAAGGGUGAUCAAUCGUCGGUGGUUUUCUCGGGUGUCUUCUGUCUUGUCUGGAUCGGAGAAGCAGCUGUGACUCUUCAGAUCAAGCUCCUUGGUGGCAAGAUUUCUUUCUUCCAGUCGAUUUGCAUUAUCGGUUAUACGCUAUUCCCCUUGGUCAUUGCCGCAAUGCUGAGUGCAGUGGGACUUCCUACCAUUGCUCGGAUACCAGUAUAUCUUGUGUUAGUCGCAUGGUCUUUAGCAGCUGGAGUAAGCAUCCUAGGAGGCUCAGGAGUGGUACGGAACCGAGUCGGAAUCGCAGUGUACCCGCUGUUUGUGUUCUACAUUGCGAUCGGGUGUCUCUGCUUCAUCAGUUAA